GCAAGAGCUACUGCCAGGGCCUGCAGGUACAGUGGGAUCCAGCAGGCAGAAAUCUGUGGUGCAAAAGGUGGCAGGUGCAUAGAGAACCUAUCUUUAAAGGAGGAACAGGGAAUAGUUGAUGGCUGGGUUAGACAGGUAGAACCCACAAUAGGUGCAGUGGAGGAGGUUUUCGAGGCUGCAAGAUGGGAGUUGGAUGCCGUAGGAACCCUCUGUUGCUGUUGGCUGUCCUGGUCCUGGCAGCCAGGCUAGGUCAUUUUCAAAGGUGGGAAGGCUUUCAGGAGAAGUCCACGAGUGAGACAAACAUGAAUUCAACACUCCAAUUCUUCAUUGAAAAAUACAACAAUGCUAGCAAUGACACCUACUUAUUUCAAGUCGACAAGCUACUUCAAAGUCAGAUGCAGCUGACGACUGGAGUGGAGUAUAUGGUAACUGUGAAGAUUAGCCGGACCAAAUGCAAGAGGAAUAGCACAACAAAAAAUUCAUGCCCCAUUCAAAGCAAAAACAAGCUGAAAAAGAGUUUCAUUUGUGACUUUUUGAUGUACACUGUGCCCUGGAUGAACUAUUACCAACUCUGGAAUAAUUCUUGUCUGGAGGCUUGAAUGCAUUAGUGCAAAGAUCUUUGAUGAAAACUUA